UGUCAUUUAGCGGUGGGUCGUUCUCAAAUUUUCUGACGACGAAACGCAACCGUUUUCUCUUAAACGAAAACUAGUCCUCGAAACGGUUCUCGUUCGCAACUGGUUAUGGUUGCGGCUGGGUGAUGCAACGAAACGACACGCGACGGUCGAACGAAUGAACGCAACGAAACUGAACUAAAUGAAAUCUUGUUAACGUUCGUUUCGUUGCUGCGAACGAAACGACGAAACAUCGAAAUAAAUGUAGUGUUAUACGAUAAUCGACUUUAAGUAUUCAAUAAUAAAGAUUAUAUUAUUGUAAAAUCACAGCUGAAUUAUCAUAGAACGAAACGGCAUGUCAUAUCAUUGCGUUCUAUUAUAGACUGUAUUUUAUCAUCAUAAAGUACAUAUUGGCGUGCAGACAAUCUGAAGACUAGUUGUUCGACGAAGACUGUUUUGAUCCGAAACGUAAAACGGUUCUAUCGUCGCGGAACACAAAACGGUCCUUGAAACCGGUUCGUCUUUAGAACGCUCACACCUAGUGUCAUUCACAUUAUUUUUCGGUUCCGUUGUGUUUUGAUGUUUUAGUGAAUAAAUGAAUUUAUUGUGAUAUUAUUGCAAUAUCUUUGUUCAUUGUAUGUUUUUAGUGUUACUUUAAUCGUAAUGUUUUUAGAUUGACUGAAGUUUAGAGGCAUAUAAAAAUUUAUACUGAUAUUAACAUCGCGUACAUUUUUGUGUACCUGUCUUAAGCAAUGGCUUUACCUUUGCCUAUAUCACCUUGCGCUAAAAGAGAUGGUCGCAAUGGUUUAAGUUGUGAUCGUUUUGAAUAUGCUAGUACAAUGGCCACAACUUUAUUAGCUCCAGUGAAAACAGAACGGCAAAUUCUUGAGCAUUCUAUGUCAGAAGAUGAUCCUAAUGCUAAUAUUCAGUUACCAAGUGUAGUUGGUUCUCAACCUCGUUGGGGUCCAAGGCACCGUGGUGCUCAAGAACUUGCAGAAUUAUAUAGCCCAGGAAAAAGACUGCAGGAGUGGGUGUGUGUGGUGGUUUGUUGCACUUUAUGCAUUUGUGCUGGUGCCCUCAUGGCCAGACACAUCAGAGCUGAACCGUCUCUGUUAGUAGCUGCUAUUGCUGGGGUCCUCACAGCAGAUUUCGCUUCAGGUGUAGUGCACUGGGCAGCUGACACUUGGGGAGCGGUUGACUUACCCCUUAUAGGCAAAAACUUCCUACGGCCGUUCCGCGAACACCAUAUCGACCCAACGUCAAUUACCCGCCACGAUUUUAUAGAAACGAAUGGUGACAAUUUUGCUAUUACCAUUCCAGUACUGGCACGAAUAGUUUGGCAAUUACUGUCAUAUGAAGACGAAGUCAUUGCUAAAGAGUUCAACUGGAUAGCCUACUGGUACCUAUGUUGCAUAUUCGUUGCAAUGACGAAUCAGAUUCACAAAUGGUCGCACACAUAUUUUGGGUUGCCAUCUUGGGUGGUAUGUUUACAAGACUGGCACGUGGUGUUGCCGCGCCGCCACCACCGCAUUCACCACGUGGCGCCGCACGAGACUUACUUUUGUAUCACCACGGGUUGGCUCAACUGGCCACUGGAAAAACUCCACUUCUGGUCAACGCUGGAAACGAUUAUCGAAGUGUUGACUGGAUGCAAGCCUCGGGCUGACGAUAUGAAAUGGGCCCAGAAAUAAUAUUAAAACAUAGGAUGUGCUCCAGGUAUUGCAACUUAUUGUACAAAUAUUACAAUUACGUAUGUGUAUCACAAUAAAGUAACGCAUAUGGCCGCAAACUAGUCGUCAGCGGCCGGCGAUGGGGGCGGCUGGCAGCGAUAGCAGGUGCGCGCUUUGGUCUUAAAGUGUGUUAUAUCUUAGGUUCCUUUUACAUCGUCGUCGUCGAAAUGCCACCAGAUAGUAUGAAUUUAUAACAUCAAUUUUGAGGUGGAUAUUAGAUUAACAUAUUGGUUAGGUACCUACUUGAUAAAAUAAAAAACCAAAAUAAAUAUUUAAGGUAAAUUCAUACAUUCAAGUUUAUAAAAAAAAUAUGAUUCAAAGUACCUACCUUUAUAAAUGUAAAGACGGUUAUAAGUAGGUAGAAAAAACCUAAUAUUACUCGCGGCCAAAGUAAAAAUAUUACAAAAAGACUUAAAAUACUAUCGACACCGAUGGAUAUCGCGCGUCACAAACUCCUAUUUAUACUUUUUUAAGUAUGCAAGAUGUUGCAAGUAUACAAAAACAUUGCCACAUGGAGGAAAAGUACCUUUAACACUGUAUUAAUAGAAAAUAUUGUGAACAAAGAUUUCUUUUUUCUUAGUUUUAAAGAUCAUACGAAUUUAAUUCAAAUAUUUUUAAAAAUUCGCCUGCCUGAACUGAUAUAUCAGAUAAAUUUAAGAUUUUUUUUUUGUGCAAAAUGUAUAAAAUACUCAGUAAUACUGCCGUUGCCGCGCCCCGCUAGCCGCUUGCUGUCGCAGGUGAGGAAGAACGAGCGUAAUUUCAAAAUUGCUAGUCGCUAGUAAUUUAGCUUGAUAUUGGUUGUCUUUAGUCUUAAAAAUCCUCUUGGUUUUACAAAAUGAGUGACAAUUUUCGUUGUAAAUUUAAACUAGCCAAAAAUACGCUGGUUUGUCCUCACCCUAAUUAAAAAUUUAGACAAUACAAUUACAGAUCAAUCCUAUAAUUAAACAAAUACGACCUCUGAUACAUUGCUACAACUUAAUAUGUUCUUCGUCAUUUUUACUAAGUAUAUCUUUAGCACAUACAUUUAUUACUUUCUAUUAUGUAUGAGAGUAAUUUUGUUAGUUUUUAUUCGUACCUAAUUUGUAGUCAUUAAGCUGAAUUUAAAUUCUUUUUUAACGAACUAGAAAUGGUUAAAGGGUUUCUAAUUAUACUAAGCAACGACUGUCAUAUUGAAACCAAUGAUAUUUACAAAUACAUAUUAUAAGAUUUUGUAGGAUAUGAUGCUAAUGCCAUUAAAUGCCUUUUUUGAUUAUUCAUAAUGUCUUCGUUGAUAGGUUUUAUAGCUUGAAUCCAUUUGACGAUCGACAAAGUAUGUCGUGAGUGCUAAACUUACUUUUAUAUUGAGACAUCUCAAUUUAUUUAUAUACGGGCGCAUUUUUAUAAGUUUGUACGUUGUUAAAUAUUAAGAAUUUAUUUUAUUUAAUAUAAUGGACAAAUAAAAUCUACUUUUCUAUACCAGAAUCUGGUUAACUCUUAAGUUUAUUAAAAACGUAAAAUAUGUAUAAUUACUAUGACUAAAGUCAUAAAUAUACCAAUGGGUAUAUUAUUAAAAAAAUGGGGGGACAGGUAUUCCUUUGACUAUCAAAGUCAUAUUCAUAUUUACAAAGGGAACUAAAAACGUGAACACAAAAUUAAUAUUUUAAAAUAAUAUUAUUAAAAACACAGUACUAAAAAUGAGAUUUAAGUAAAAGCUUAAUAUUGUAAUCUUUACAGCCUUUGCCUCACAUAUUGUAAAACUCGUCAUAAUGUAAUUAUUAUUACUUAGGAACGGGUAACACAAACAUUCUAGGUACACAUAACACAAACUAUUAAAAUUAUUUUACAAAUGAAUAUUAUAAUUUGGCAUUAAACACAAUCUUACGAAAAUAUCUAUCAAUUUUCAAAUAUUUAUUCAAGAGGACAGUCAUCAGUCAGUGGAACAUUUAUGCUACGAAGUGGAAAAGUAAAGCUUGUUUUACAAUGUCAUUAUUUUAGUAACUUUUAUAUCUUUAUUGCAUACUAUUAUGAAUAAGCUACUCAUUAAAUUUAUAACAAAUAAAUUUGACAACUAAAGUUCUUCUGCCACACAAUCCUUAGCUAAGAUCAAUUUUAAUACUUAUUAAAAAAAUAAGGUUGUCAAUAAAUCAACGAAUAUGGCAAAUUGAACAUUAAAAUCUGGUAAAAAUAAUAUAUCAACCACCACCAACAUUAUCUAUUUGUUAUAUUAAGUAACGUUCUAUUCACCAUAUCACGUGUCGCAGAUUUAAUCAAAAUGGCUGGUGUUGUUGCUGCAUUUUGAACGAAUCAGUUUCUUACACGCCCUACAUUUCACCAUAUUCUUUGUAUGUAAUGGUAUAUAGCUUUGUCUUGCAUCUGUCAUACUUACGUGUGCACAUUUAAGAACAUUUUUUUUCUUUGCCUAAUAAAUAAAGUGCGUUUUCGUAGAAGUUUUGGAACUAUCCAAGUUUGGUUCGACCACCUUUAAGGAUUGAACUUUAUUAUCUGUCAGUAGGCGAGUCCCAAUUUGUAAUGGACCUUCGGAGAUAUUAUCAACCAUUUCUAAGGAUUCCUUAUUGCAUACAAAAUUAAUCAUUUCAAUUUGGAAAACCAAUUCAACGUUAGGGAUGAUGAUGUUUAACGUCGAGUCAAAAUUGUCAUGCAAUGUAAAGAUAUCAGAUGAAAUAAUCGAUGUUGAAUUUAGAUUAUCGUAAAUUUUAAUGAUUUCGUUGAACUUGUCAACGCCAUAGCUUAGAGUUAUUACGAAAGGAUUUUCAUCAUUGUGCAAUUUUCCGAAUCAGGUAGAGGCGUGUGAAUUUAGAAUCACGUCGAACUCUACUAAGUCAACAAAAACAAGCAAGAGUUUCGAGAUUUCGGUUUUCGAUAGAAUUUGAUUUGUUUUCAUUGUGCGUACAUUUAAAUCUUUGAAAAUAAUAUUAUUUGAAUUGUCUAUUACAGAAUCUUAAAUAUAAAAAGAUUUUGGGGAAGACAUGCAUUUAGUCAAUAUCUCGUAAGCUUCUAAAACAAUAGUAACAUCUCGACCGUAACUCCCUUGUCCAUCCAGAGUUAUUGAAGCUGCACCACUGAUUCCAUUAGCAACACCUUUGCCAUGCCCGCUUUCCGUAAACGACCACCUUGAAUAUUCAAGUUUCAAUUUGUUGGCGAACAAAUUCAACAAAAGAAUAUUUUUUCUUUUGUCGAUACUGAGAGCUGGAACCAUCUGAGAAGAGUGGCUGACGUUCACGCCAGGUUUGUUUUCUCUGAUCAUUUUUAUUACGGGGAUGAGGUGAUUCCAGAUCGUUGCGGUUUCGUGGCAAUUAUUAUCAAAAUAUAACAAGUAACCGAGGAUUGUCCUUCAUCAACAAAGUACCUGUAAAUAAACUUUAUAACAGUACAAAAAUCCACGCUACUUCUUGUACUAUUAUUCUGUGGAUAAACUAAGUACCGAAUUUUGACGCAACGAAUAUGAAAGCAGUUAAUUUUAUUUCUUUGUAAUCGGCACCGAGACCCUAAAAGUUUUAGAUAAAUAUAUAUGCUUUAGUCUCUUGAAAUAUUUGCACUUCAUAAAUUACUUCAUGAUUUGAAUUAUUUCACAUUAAUAUUUUUUCAAAUAAAUAAAUCAAUAGCACAAUACAAUGCAACUUUAGCGUUCCACUGACUAAAAAUUAUUCUUUUGACUAACAUUCUCACUAUCGUUGUUCAACGGAGCGUAACGAAAUCCUGGUAGGAAAAUAUUUUAUCUUCGUAGCGGACAACAAUCGACUCAUGUAGUAAAGCUGUAUUUAAUGAAAAUAUAAGGUGCACUAUUAAUUGCACAUAAAUAAAGAAAAUAGAAAGUCAUUAUUUACCGUAAAAUAUCCGUUUAUCACUGAAAAUCUUCAUAGCACUCACUUUUACAAACGACUCUCUGACACAAUAGCAAGAGACUCAAUUCAGGAUGGCAGUGUAAGUACGAUAGAAUUCGGUAGUGUUACCAGCUACUAAAAAUGCGUCCCAAUUGGUAGGGUAAGUUUUGUGCGUGGAUUGCAAACAGAUGUUAGUCAAUGGGAAUUAACACGUAUGUCAAAAUUUUAGACCGUGGCUUAAUAAUAAUUUAAAAAUAGUUGAAUUACAUUUAUAAUAUUUCUAUGGAAAAUUAUUGUUAACACUUAAUUGUUGAUAAAAUAGAAAAUAUUACCAUUUCUUUGUCGGCUAAGUAGUUAUGGGAGCAUAAAAUUGUAAACUGGACAUGGCAAAAAAAACCAAAACAUUGAAAAUGAAUUUGCGAUAAUUAAAGAAUUACUGAUCUAGCAGUAUGAGCAAAAAAAAUUUAAACAUUGAUCUAUUAUUAUUAAGAAUUCUAAUAAAGCAUUCUUUUUUUAAAAAAGAAUUUAUUAAAAGUAUUUAAAAAAUAACCCGGAAGCUGAUCGACACUAUUUAAAAAUCUAUGUACAUACUUAAAAAACAUGUAAUACACAUUUCAAUUGAGUGGAAAACUAGGAGAAUUUCUCGGAUUUCUCGUUACCACCUUGUUACCACAUUGAAAACUAUCAUUAACUCAUGUUGAUUUUGGGAUUUAUUAAUUUUAUUGCUCACAAACCAGAAUAAAUGCGGUAAUAGUGAAAUACGCCAAUAUUGCUUUCAAGGGUUUUUGCUAUUUAAGGAAUCUAUAAAGAAAUCUUUGAAACAAAAAAAUGUCUUAAAAUUAUGGUAAAAUUAUUCAUUCACGUUCAAGUUCCUAAAGCAAACACUAUCUUUUCUGAAAUGCUUAUAAUGGUUUUUAGGAGGUUAACGAAGACUAUCAUAGUUUCGUCAAAAAUGAAAGUGGGCAAUGUUGGUGUGUUCCACGGUAUUUAUUGUGAGCUGUAGAACACACUUAAAAGGUGGAAUAUACUAUAAUUAUUAAUUAAUACUUAUCUAUAAUCAUGUAGCAACACGGCUGAAAGAUAAUUAAUUUCGGAAUUGACUAAAAUAUGCAAAGAUAAUUAUAAAUUAUUAAAUAUGAACAUUUCAUGACAUAACACUUUCAACGACAGAUUACAACAAAUGAUACCCCAUUUAAUACAUCUUUUUUUAUAUUUUUAUGAAAGCUUUUGUAGUCGGGCAGUUUUUAUAAUUGGUCAGAAGUUAUGGAACAUAUGUAUAUAUAUAUAUUUUACUAGUGGCCCGCCCGCGCUUCGCUUGGGUGUAGAGCUGUAGUGUAGACUAUAAUUUUUGUUCUCAGGCUUGUAUUAUACACAAUGACAUUCUUAUAAUACCUAAUUACAAUAGGCACGCGCCACCCGGUGCCCCGCCCGGUAGCGUCGGAACCGCUAUGUCCCUGCAUUUUAAAUCUGUAAUAUCUUCAAAAAUAUUCAUUUAAAUUACAUGCGUUAAAUAGCCAAAUUGGUCUAUAUUAAAUGCACAAUGUAUUUAAGGUACUGAAUUGGAUAAGGAAGAAUGUUAUAUUGCUGAAAAUCGCUUCGUAAAUAAUCUAUUAUUUCUCGUAAAAAGUAUAGGAUAUAAAAUGGUUAUUGUGGGUUAUCCCUAAGAGAUAGACAGAUACCAUGGCGGACUUUUUUGUAGACAUUUUUAAGGUGUACAAUACUGUAGUACAAUAUUUUGAUCGAUCUCGUAGGGUUCAGCCAGCGUUUGCAAUGUAAGCGGAAAAACUGUGUUUAUUUACGACCUUACAUUAAAAACCUCUAAAAUUAUCAGUGUUUCCAACCGUUACACAAAAAUAAUCCUUAUAGCAUGAUUCAGUAUUCACGUGCGACGGCGCGAUGGCUUAUUUCAUGUAUAAGUUUGGUGUUUAUAUACCGAUUUCUAUGAUUCUUUUUUUAUUGAAUAGGUAAUAAUGUUAACUUUUUUAAUUAGGGAUGAGUGAGAGUAUUAUAAACGUAAGAGUAAACAAAUAUAAUCAGAAUGCUCCGAACUGCUAAGCUAUCAGGAGUUACACGUGUUAUUGUGAGUCAACCGUAAAAGAUAGACAUAUGCUGUUGCAGGAUAUUUUUUAGACAAUUUUAUGUUAAAUAUUUCCGUCAUACACGAUUUCUAUGUAACUUUAACCAUUAAGGCUGCACACGCGACGGAAGCUUAAAAAAAGGAGUAACUUCUCCCGUUUUCCCAGCAUUUCCCUUCACUACUCUGCUCCUAUUGAUUGUAGCGUGAUGAAAAGUAUACUAUAACCUGCCCAGGAGUAUGAAGAAUAAUUGUACCAAGUUUCGUUAAAAUCCGUAGAGUAGUUUUUGUUUCUAUAAGGAACAUACACACAGACAGACAGACAGACAGACAAAAAUUUUACUGAUUGCAUUUUUGGCAUCAGUAUCGAUCACUAAUCACCCCCUGAUAGUUAUUUUGAAAAUAUAUUUCAUGUACAGAAUUGACCUCUCUACAGAUUUAUUAUAAGUAUAGAUUUUAUAUAUUUUUU